CCCCUUCCAGUCCGGACACUUUCACCUCCUUCCAGUCCGGACACUUUCACCCCCUUCCAGUCCGGACCAUUUACCCCCUUCCAGUCCGGACACUUUCCCCCCUUCCAGUCCGGACACUUACACCCCCUUCCAGUCCGGACACUCUCACCCCCUUCCAGUCCGGACACUUUCCCCCCCUUCCAUCCGGACACUUUCACCCCCUUCCAGUCCGGACACUUUCACCCCCAUCCAGUCCGGACAAUUUCACCCCCCCUUCCUGUCCGGACACUUUCCCCCCCUUCCAGUCCGGACACUUUCCCCCCCUUCCAGUCCGGACACUUUCCCUCCCUUCCAGUCCGGACACUUUCCCCCCCUUCCAGUCCA